AUGGAACAAACAAAAGAUGGAUACCAACUCUCCUACGUCCGACUGGACGACACACCAGCGGCGUCAGAAUCAGGGCACAAACGACCACUAUCAUCGGCCGAACAAGCUCUCUUGCAGUCACAGACGCCGGAGUUCUGGGGAACAAGCUGGACCUUGGAGAUCCUGGGAUGUCUCACCUCGAUUGUCUUCCUCGUUGGUAUCAUCAUGGUACUGUUCUACUACAAUGGCAGACCAAUGCCCCAAUGGCCGUACGGGAUCACUCUCAACGCCCUUGUUUCUGUUCUCAGCACGGUCAUGAAAGCUGCCAUGGUCUUCAUCCUGACCGAGUCUCUCUCUCAACUGAAAUGGUCCUGGUUUCGCGACGGAAGAAAGCUGAGUGAUCUUCCGCUGCUCGAUGCUGCCAGUCGCGGCGUCGUGGGUGCUAUCGUCGUUCUAUUCCGAUUCCUACCUCGCCAUCUUGUCUCACUCGGGUGUCUCGUCCUCGUCAUCGCAGCCGCGACAGACCCGUUCGUCCAGCAAGUCAUCGGCAUCUCCAUGCGUUCAGUGCACGCCCCAGGCCACUCGUCUGUUCAAGUGUGCAACGCCAGCCUGUACACGGAUUACAGUGAGGGCGCAGGCCCGGGAAUGAACACGGUGCCGCUGGGAACGGCGGGCGCAAUCUAUUCGGGCAUUUACCAGAACCAAAGUCCCAACAGCAAUGCCGUCCUCGCGAGCUGCCCGACGGGGAACUGCACGUUCGCACCGUACCAGUCUCUCGGGUUCUGUAGUCGCUGCAGCAACAUCACCGACUCCCUUCAGCUAUCCAAAUCACCGUUUGGAUCAUCGACCAAGUAUAACUACACGUUACCGAACGGCUUAUCAUUCAUCACCUCCGAGAACAUGAUGUAUUUGAUGAACGCCACGACGGGACUGGACUUCAUCGACUUGGAUGCAUCAAACCUACCGCUCAUCCUCAACUUCACCGCCAUCAGCUCAUCCGGCUACGGCACAACCGCGAUCAGCGCAACAGAAUGCGCGCUUUACUUCUGCGUCCAGACGUACGAGGCGGCCGUGCGAGAAGGUGAAUUCUCAGAAAAGCGCACGGCAGUCUCCACUGCCUCUAAUUACUCAACCUCCUACAUGGCGGUCUUGGAGGACUUUGCCCUUACACCAGAUGUCUGCUACGUCAAUGGGACCCGCCACGAAAAGCCAUACACGAGCCUCGCAAAAGACUGCGUCUACAACGUCAACUGGCUGAGCCGUCUGGCCAUGUUGAAUUCCCUCUCCCCAUUACUCCGAGGCAAAGGCUCUCUCUUCGUCAGCAACCGCCCCAGCUGGAAACCAGAAACCCUCAAUGCCGUCUACGGCUUGUCAGGGAACUACACCGAUAUCGCCUCCAUGUUCGACUCGCUCGCAUCCUCGCUAACACUCCACGCGCGAUCGAAAGUCUGCGGCGCAACCGUUAACGGGACUACCUGGACCGUCCAGUCAUAUGUGCAUGUGCGCUGGCUGUGGUUGAUCCUGCCGGGCGGGUUGGUUCUGCUGAGCGGUGCCUUCCUGUUUAUUACCAUCCUGCACACGCGUCAUCAGUAUAUCUGGAAGUCGUCGCCUUUGGCGCUGUUGUUUUCGGAUUUGAAUGUUGAUGCGCCUGGACCGCUGAAGGCGGCCCCGACGCUGAAGGGGAUGGAGGAUACGUCGAGGAAGAUGGAGGUGUGGUUGGAGACGUCGGCUGAGGGCGUGAGGUUGAAAGCUGUGCCCAGGUAG